UGAGGCUGCAGGCCCUUCCCAGGCUGGGAGCCUGCCUUUGGCACGGAGCGCCGGCUCCCCCUCCGCGCCCGCACACACGCUGCCUUGUAGCUGCUAACCGUUACGCCCCCACAGCUGCAUCCCGGCCCUGGGAACGCGGCGCCGUUGCACAAGAGGCGCAGGCAUGACACACAAAAACUCCCUCUUCUCCAUGCUGGCGAAAGAAUGUGCUUAACCCCUUCCCAGCGAGGCUGGGCCCAGCCGGGGUCUCUCUGGCCCGGCCGAGCCGGGGCAUGCAGCGAUGGCUGUAUUGAUGGAGGGAGAGUUUCCCCUAACGCGUCCGUUUUGCAGGGAUUUCUCUUCCUGCGCUUCCUGGAGACUGGGGAGCCGAGUCCGGCAGGGAGGGCUGGCUAGGUCAGCGGUGCUGGGAUGGGAAGGGGUGCGUGCCCCACUGUGCUGGCAGUCCCUGCUUGGGGAGCACCCUGGGACCCGAGUGUUGACGUGCUGCUGGGGAUGGCUGGAUGCUUCCAGCUUCUGUGCUUGAGGUCCGGACCUGGGAUCUGGCCCCACGCACUCCCUGAUCUUGGGUGAGUCACUUAACCCCUUUCCAUAGAGGACUGGAAGGCCUUUGGGGCAGGGACUGGCUCUGCCCCUCUCCCAAGGAGGCCCCAAUCCUGUGCAACGAUCCUGUGCAGCACGGCCUUGGCUCGCCGUGACGCUCCAGCAUCAGCCUCCCUCUGGACCGCGCUGCUCUAAGAAUAGCGCGCUUCCCGGCACCGGGGCGGGUGGCCGCGUGGGGGGACGCAGGCCGGGGCCGGGGGCCAGCAGGUCCCCAGCGCCGGCCCCUGGGAUGGAGAAAGGCAAGGCGCGCUGCUUGAAACCCGGCGCCCCCAGGAAAGCCCCGGCCAGAAGCAGCAUCUGGUUUUCAGGGAAGGCCUGGUCUUGCCCAACUGCUCCAGCUGGGCUGGCGGAGGGGCUGCCCCCGGCCACCCGAUGAGUCAGCAGCUCGGCCUGCGCAUGGAAACUGAAGCGGGAGGGCUGGUGUGCGUAGGGUGCCGGGGCGCCGGGGUGCAGCUUCUUUGGAAAGCCCAGCGCCGCCUGCAUUUCCUGCACGGGCCCUUGCAAAAGCCCCACACGGAGCAGGGGAGAGCGGCACUUCUCCGAAGGAGGAAAUUGCCUCAGAGGGGGUUGUGCAAAACCAGCCCAGCUGUGGGGAGGCUGCAAAGGGUGAGGACGUGCCCUGUGCUGACCUCCGCUGGCCCCGUGCAUCCUGCCCCCCGGCCGCCGUAGGAGCUGCAAGAGGCUUGGGGGUCAAGACAAGGAGCUGCCCACCCGGUCACCGAGGAUGGCCCGGGUGCUGGUCCUGGCCCUGCUGGGCACUUGCUCUGCAUCGCAGGGGACCUCCGCCGGCCUCACAGGAAGCCCAGGAGUACGGUCUGUAUCUCUGUGCGGUCAGCACCCCGUUCCCCACUGCCCGGGCUGGCUCCACAUCAGCAGGGCGAGCCGGGAGGGGUCCCCUUCAUCCUCAGCAGGGUGAGGAAGGAAGGGGCAAGGGUUCCUGUGCCCCCUGCCCCAGGGCAGCAGUUCGGGCUCGAGCUGCUGAAGUCAGUGCACAGAAGGAGCUGAUCCCAGACCUGAACGGCUCCUACAGCAUCCUGCUCUUUGGGACCGUGGCCUACUCCGUGUCCCGGUGGAUGAAACCGUUGCUGCUGCGUGGAGUCCCGCGGGUCCUUGGCCCUCUCCAGCCCUGGGGAAUCAAAAGGGGGCACGUCCUUGCCCCAGGGAGGCAUGGCCGAGGGCAGCCCCCUCUCUGCCCACCGGGCUGAGACUUUCCCAAACAACCAGCUGGCAUGAACCGGAGCCCAGAGCAAACAGAAGCAAGCGGCCUGUGACGCCUGAGUAGGACCGAGGGAAAAGGAUGUGCAUGCCUGAGCACACGUGUGUGCAGGCGUAGGCAUGUGUGUGUGGGCGAACUUUAAUGCCGGGGGGGUCCUGCCUCUGCCUGAGGACAUCCCUUCAGCUGCAGUCGUGAAUCCCCUCCGCCUGGGCAUGCCUGGGGGGAGCUGGCCUCGUGGCAAGUGCUCCCGGGGCAGCCGCCCCACAGCAUGCGUGACUUGGUGCCAGGGCAUUUCCUGGGACGCCCGGAUGUGUGCCCGCCGCGCCCUGUUCCAGCUUCCCGGGACUCUGGGACACAUGCUCAGCCUGUCCCUUGCGUGCAGGCGGGGGUGACUCAGCCGGUGACAGGCUGUCAAACCCAGGGAAUAUCUGGUCUGACCAGAUUUGUCGGGAGCUGAGAAGCCGGGCAGCCAGUGCCAGCUGCCGGAGACAGGACAGGGGCUCUCCUGCUGGGACGCAGCCGGCAGAGCGGACCCCGUGAGGAGCCUGAGCCAGGAGGCCAGCAGGUAUGGGCAUCCUCUCUCCCAUGGCCAGGUUGCAGGUCAUGGCCACGCCACCGCCUUGCUGCACGGUCCAGAGGGGCACUGCUGGGCAGAGCAUCGGGGCGAGUGUGGACCAGGCACAGGGCCCGCCGGUAUCGGCGACCACAGCUGUCACGGAGGCUUGCUCUUUGCUCUGAGGACGUAUCACCUGGGGCUCAUUAGCCAGGGCUCAUCAAGGCUGGAGAGGUGGAUACCUGCUCCCGGGAAGGCGGAGAAGGUCUCCCAGACAUCCAGAGGAUGGCAGGCAGCAUUACCAGCUGCCUCGGGCCUGGGCACCUUGCAGCAGCCUGGGCGGGGGGCAAUGCUGGAUGCAGGGGGAUGCCGGCGUGGGGGCGAGCACUGCGCCAGCUAGUCCUAUAUGUUGCAGAGACCCAGCGGGCAUGUGGACUUCCUGGCUCAGGCGUGUUUUUUCCCCCCCCAUGAGAGGGAGACCAGCCUUCAGCCCCCACUUUACCUGUGCUCUCAUUUCCGAGAGCAGGGCUGGGCUCGUGGCGCAGGUCGAAUGACCCUGAACUGGGACGGGGCCAAGCCACGUGCAGCUCCGGGGCAGGUAGGGGAGCUGUGGUGGCCAGUCCCGGAUGUUGGGCAUGUGCUGCUGCAGCGGAGCCUCACGGGCUGGGGUUGCAGCGAGCAGAGCAGGUCUCAGGCCCGGAGAAAACCCUGCGGAGGAGCCCGUGGGGAAGCCAGGGACUCCGGCGGGCAGCCGCCUGGGCGCAGGGCUUCCCUGCUGAGUCACCGCAUUGGGCAAGGGCGGGUUUCCAGCGCCACGCAUCCAACACUGGGGUCUCACGGGACAAACCCUCCACCGUCACCAGUGCUUCCUGGCCGGCAUCUCCCAUGAGACAUCCCUGCUGCCCCAGGGACACCGGGGAGUGCGAGGUGCCUGCGGCAGACAAGGUCCCGUGAGUCCCAUCCUGGCUCCAGGCUGUUGCACAGCUCUGUGGAGCGGGACCCCCGGACCCUGUCCUGCCGUGGGGCGCUCACUGCCUGCUCUGUCUCCCCGCGCCAGGUCAGGGCGAGGAGCUGCCCGGUCACCGAGGAUGGCCUGGGUGCUGGUCGUGGCCCUGCUGGGCACUUGCUCUGCAUCGCAGGGGACCCCCGCCGGCCUCAAGGUGCGCGUGACGCAGGAAGCCCUGGAGUACGGGCAGCAGUUUGGGCUCGAGCUGCUGAAGUCGGUGCUGCAGAAGGAGCCGAUCCCAGACCUGAAUGGCUCCUACAGCAUCCCGCUCUUCGGGACCGUGGCCUACUCCGUGUCCCGGGUCCGGAUCCAGGAGCUCCAGCUGAACGAGUCGACCGUGGGCUUCUCGGAGGGGACGGGCGUGCGGCUCGUGGUCCAGCACGCCCACGUCCGGCUCGGCGGCGAUUGGGCGGUGCAGACUUGGGCUGUACACGACAGCGGCUCCUUCGACAUCUCCGUACACGACCUCUCGCUCUCCACCGUGCUGGGCGUGAGCCGGGGGCCCGGCGGGCACUUCUCCGUGUGGAGCGACAGCUGUGAGUCCAGCGUCCACAGCUUGGAUGUGACCUUCCGGACGGGCGCCAGCUGGCUCUACAACCUGUUCACAGGUGCUCUCCGGGGACCGCUGCAGACGGAGCUGAACAAGCACCUCUGCCCAGAGCUCAGGAAAGGGGUGGAAAGGCUGGAGCGCGUCCUGGAGACCAUGCGAGUCUCGGCUCAGAUCGACCCCGUUGCUGAGCUUGACUACUCCCUGGUGCAGCGGCCCACCAUCACCGCGCAGCACGGGGACGUGGAUCUCAAGGGCGAGGUCUACCGGGUGGGGGCCCCGCAGGAGAGCCCCUUCUCGCCCGGGCCUGUUCUGCUGCCCGGCUCGGAUGGCCGCAUGCUGCUCCUCGCUGCCAGCCAGGCCCUGGCCAACUCGGCAGCAUUCGUGUACUUCACCGCCGGGACCCUGCAGCGACGCAUCACUGACAGCAUGAUCCAUAAGCGGUCCCCAUUGCGGCUGAACACCAUGAGCAUGGGGGUGUUUGCCCCAAAGCUGCUGGCCUACGUCCCUGCCCAGCCCAUGGAGCUGCACCUCGCUGCCCGCAAGCAGCCGCUGCUGAGCUGCCGGCCCGGCGCCCUGGACCUGGCGCUGUUUGGCACUGCCAAAGCCUUUGUCGUCCUGCCAAAUGCCACCCUGGCACCCGCUUUCCUGCUGGAUGUCGAUGCCAACCUGACAGGGAAGCUGCUCGUGGACUCGGCCAGGGUCGGGGGCUCUGUGGCGCUGAAGAACUUCAGGAUGUCCCAGGUGGAGUCGCACGUGGGCCCAGUCAAGGUGAAGGACCUGGAGGCUGUGAUGAACCUGGCGCUGCGGGCGGUCGGGAUGUCGCUGGUCAACAAGAGACUGAAGAAAGGCUUCCCGGUGCCCAGCUUCCACAACAUCAGCCUGGUGGAGCCCCACGUCAGCAUUCACGAGGGGUUCGUGCUGGUCGCCACGGACAUGCGGUAUGAAUCUGAGCGCCCGAAAGCAGCCGCCCAGUGCUUGCCUUGACUCCGUCUGGCCUCCCUGUACCACCACCGUGCCAGGACCCUGCCCUCGCCCGAGCAUCCCCGCACAGACCGCUGGCUCACAGCCCCUCUGCCCACGCUGGGGGAGGUGGCAGAAGGAUUUUGUAGCCAUGCAACUAAACGGGGGUCCUCAGCUGUC